AUGGCCAAUGGCAAGUUGUCUCACGUGACUCGUGAGCCUCGUUUGCGCCAAAACGACGUAAAGACUGGAGCUAGUAGAUUAUGCAAUAUGGCGGAGGAAUUCACCCGGCAAUUCUACCAUGAAACUUCAUUUACUGUUCCUUGGGGUGUUAUUGCAGCCAAAACAUGGGGUCCAGAGGAUGGUAAGCCUUUUCUUGGCCUUCACGGAUGGCUAGACAACGCCAACACGUUUGAAAAGCUUGUUCCGUUGCUUCACAAGAACAUUCGCUUUAUCGCGAUAGACUUCCCUGGACAUGGAAAGUCUUCCCACCGUCCUCCAGGGAUGGGAUAUAACAAUUUAGAAUACGUUGCUGAUGUAAAGAAGGUCGUUUUUCAGCUAGGAUGGAAACGAUUCUCGAUUAUAGGCCACAGCAUGGGAGGCUUUGUGGCAAUGCUUUUUGCUGGAUGCUUUCCUGAUGAGGUAGAGAACCUUAUUUUGAUCGAUUGUGGUGGACCGCAUCCUCGGUUUGGAAAUCGCCCUGCUGAGGUGCUAGCUUCUUACGCCACCAGAAUGGCGAACAUUAAACCAGCAAACCUUCGUGUUUACGAAAGUGUCGAGAAAGCAGCUUCAAGACGAGAAGAACGCGUUGAUAGUUUUUUCACUUUGUCCAUGGAAGCCGCGUUGUUGAUAACCCGGAGGGGAACCAAAGUCACGAACGAGGGUGUCGUCUUUUCUCAUGAUCCAGUCGUGAAAGGGCUUUCUCGUCCAUUUUACCCGCCUGAGUUCUCUAUCAAGUUAAUUUUGAAUAGGAUCAAAUCUGCGCUGUUGAUCUUAGAAGGCACAACUAGUAAGGUAGAAAAAGAAAUAAGAGAAAGAUCGAUUCUAUAUUGUCAAAAUGCCAAAUUUCACAAGCGAAAAAUGGUUAAAGGUGGUCAUCACUUUCAUAUAGAUAAUCCUGAGCAAACUGCUACAGAGAUACAGCAAUUCUUAUCGCAGUGUGACUCACAGAGAACUGACCUGUUCUCCAGUAAACUUUAACAGUAAAGGUCAUUUUAGAUAAGAAAAUAUGAGUCAAAUGUCAGCAGCUGAACAUCUGUGUACUGACCCCUCUCCCCUAACCCAACAUUUACCCUAACUUCUCAUCUGACUGUGAUUGGAUUAGAGGAGAGUUUGGUAUGCAGUUGCCUAAGUAUCAAUAUUGAUCAGAUUUUAAAAUCUCAGUAGAUCAAGAGUUUUGUGGUGCAGUGAAAGCUGUCCUCCAUACAAAAAUGUAACGUGUUACUAAAUCAAGAUGGUUUUUUUAGAACAAAACCUUGUCAGGCUUUAAUUUAACAAUCCAAAAGUUAUUUCUCUUUCAGAGAGUUGAUCCAACAUAGCAUUAAGCUUCUGACAGGGUUAACUUUUAAAAGUGGGGGGAGGGGUGGCAGGGGGUAUGGCCCAUGUGUGCUCUGAAUGAUUGAAAAUUGUAAUAUUUUGGUGAAUGGAAGAAGAGUAAAAUAAUUGAAAAAUGAAAGAGUCUUGAGAGAAGAGAACUGAAAUAAAGGGCACGGCUCGACAUUAGCCAUAGCCAACUAGCCACAGACCAGUAGAAAUUCAGUUUCGGCUUGUGGUUUUUGCCUUACACUAGCCAGUUUGGCUUGUAAACAAACUGAAAUUGUCACAACAUCUAAGAUGUCACUAGCCACUUGGCUAGUAAGUUGAAAAGUUAGUGUCAAGCCCUGAAGGGGAGUUUAGGAAUCCUCAAGCCUUCCUAGUGAUGUCAAUUUUUGUCAGUGUCUGCUUUCUAACAGUGUGACUUUUAUUCCAGUUAUAGCCUCGCUAUGACUCGCUGAUUAAUUUAUCACCCCACAGAUGAGGGUUCCACAGCAACUAACUUCUGUUUUAGUGUAAUGCAAGAGAAAUGAAACAAUAAGCAAUGACUCCUGAGCAACUUUGAUAGCAAUGAUAAAAUCAAAAUUUUUGAUUAAUUAAUCUAAAUGAU